UUUUGUACAGACUAGCCUCUCUCGCUAAUAAAGAAACAAUGGCGGCGGUGGCGACUGCAGCGGGCGGAACGGGCUCCGGAGGACCAUCAGCCGGCCAAGCGGGCGCCGGUGCUUCGAUCGGACGGAAGAAAGAUGGAGGGCCGUCGUCUAAAUUCUGGGAGAGCUCGGAAACGGUGUCGCAGCUGGAGACGGUUCGCAUGUGGAUCGGGAAACAUUACAAGAAGUUUGUCCAAACUGACUCUCCAACAAGCAAAUCUUUGGCUGCUUUGGUUGUGCAGUUGCUGCAGUUUCAGGAGGAUGCAUUUGGGCGUAGAGUCAGCAAUCCUGCCCUUACCAAGCUACCUGCAAAGAUCUUUCUGGACUUCAAACCUGCUGGAGCCCUGUGCCACAUCCUUGGGUCUGCCUAUAAGUUCAAAAGUGAGCAAGGCUGGAGGAGGUUUGAUCUGCAGAACCCAUCCAGAAUGGACAGAAAUGUGGAGAUGUUUAUGACUAUUGAAAAGACUCUUGUUCAGAACAACUCUUUGACUCGACCAAUAGUGUACAUUGUGUCUGAUAUGGAGCAAAAGCAAGCCAAUAAACUUAAAGACGUCAUCAAGAGACAUCAGGGAACCAUCACUGAAGAUAAGUCGAAGGCCACUCAUAUAAUUUACCCCUCACCAGCCCAGCUGGAGGAAGAGGAGUGGAUGCGUCCCGUUAUGCGCAAAGACAAGCAGAUGCUGGUUCACUGGGGCAAUUAUCCUGACAGUUAUGACACAUGGGUAGCAACAAGUGAUGUUGAUGGAGAUGUUGAGGAUCCUCCAAGCUCUGAGAAACCAUGGAGGGUGCAUGCUAAAUGGGUCAUCGACACAGAUGCUUUCAAUGAGUGGAUGAAUGAGGAAGAUUAUGAGGUGGAUGAGAACAAAAAGCCUGUUAGUUUCCGCCAACGGAUCUUCCCAGGGGAAGAAGUGUCUUCCCGUACACCUGAUCGCAAGGACCGCAAGUCACUGGUUGCUGGUAAGAAGAGAAGACGCUCUCCCUCCCCACCCAGCACCCCUGCGGAGUCUCGCAAAAAGGGCAAGAAAGGGAAUCCUGGGUCACAAUGGAGGCGCCGUGGACAUCAAAAUGAUGAUGAGCAAGAUGAAGACCUCACAAAGGACCUGGAAGAUCCCUCCCCUGUGCCAGGAAUGGAAGAGGUUACACUACCAAAAAAUGUGAAUCAGAAAAAGGAUAGUGAGAAUACACCAGUGAAGGGUGGAACAGUUGCUGAUUUGGAUGACCAGGAAGAUGAUUCUGUUACAUCUGGUGGCAAGGAUGACGAAGAACAGUGCAAAACAGAGGUCAAUCGUCUGAUAGACUCUGAGGACAAUGUGACCGAGCAAACCCAUCAUAUCAUUAUCCCCAGCUAUGCUGCUUGGUUCGACUACAACAGUAUACAUGAAAUUGAGAGGCGUGCCCUGCCAGAGUUUUUCAAUGGCAAAAACAAAUCUAAGACUCCAGAGAUAUAUCUGGCUUAUCGUAACUUCAUGAUUGACACAUACCGGCUGAAUCCUCAAGAGUACCUGACCUCCACCUCCUGCAGGAGGAACCUCACUGGAGAUGUGUGUGCUGUCAUGAGGGUGCAUGCUUUUCUAGAGCAGUGGGGACUGGUGAACUACCAGGUUGAUGCAGAUAGCAGGCCCCUCCCUAUGGGCCCUCCACCAACCCCACACUUUAACGUACUGGCUGAUACUCCAUCUGGCUUGGUGCCGCUGCACCAUCGUCCUCCGCAGGUUCCCUCUGCACAGCAGAUGCUGAACUUCCCAGAAAAGGGCAAAGACAAGCCAAUCGACCUGCAGAACUUUGGCCUCCGUACAGAUGUAUUCACAAAGAAGAAUCCCAAGGGUAAAGGAGCCACCAGUGGCAGAGAAUGGACUGAACAAGAAACUUUGCUUCUGUUGGAGGCUCUCGAGAUGUAUAAGGAUGACUGGAACAAGGUUUCGGAGCACGUGGGCAGCCGUACACAGGAUGAGUGCAUCUUACAUUUCCUGCGGCUGCCCAUAGAGGAUCCGUACCUGGAGAGCUCUGAAGCCUCACUAGGCCCUCUGGCUUACCAGCCGAUCCCCUUCAGCCAAUCAGGAAAUCCCGUCAUGAGCACUGUCGCAUUCCUCGCCUCUGUGGUCGACCCGCGUGUAGCGGCUGCUGCUGCUAAGGCUGCUCUGGAGGAGUUCUCCCGUGUGCGUGAGGAGGUGCCAAUGGAGCUGGUGGAGGCACAUGUGAAAAAGGUUCAGGAGGCGGCACGUAACACAGGAAAAGUGGACCCUGCAUUUGGCCUUGAGAGCAGUGGCAUUGCUGGUACUGCACCUGAAGAGCCAGAGAAGACAGAAUCAACAGAGACUGAGAAGAUUGACACAGAUUCUGACUCCCAGCAGCCUGAUAAGGCGGAGUCAAAGGAUGAAGCAGAGAAGCCCAGUGAGUCUGCCGAGAAGCCGGCAGAGAAAGAAAAGAACGAGACUACAGAGAAGUCUGAGCCACAGCAAGAGGAGGAAGAUGAAGAGAGUGAGCCAGGAGACGCAAAGACUGCAGAAAAAAAAGAAGAGGCCAUGGAGACCACAGAAGAAGGAAAGGAAGGAGAGGAGGAGCAGGAAGAAGCAAAGAAAAAGCUGGAGUUGGAUAUCGAAGAGGGCAACAUUGCCACUGCUGCCGCUGCUGCUCUGGCAUCUGCUGCCACCAAGGCAAAGCACCUGGCUGCGGUGGAAGAGAGGAAGAUCAAGUCUCUUGUGGCUCUACUGGUUGAGACUCAGAUGAAGAAGCUGGAGAUCAAGCUCAGACAUUUUGAGGAGCUGGAGACCAUCAUGGACCGUGAAAAGGAAGCACUGGAGCUCCAGAGGCAGCAGCUGCUGACAGAGCGACAGGCGUUCCAUAUGGAGCAGCUAAAGUAUGCUGAGAUGAAGGCUCGUCAGCAGAUGGAGCAGCAAGCAGCCUCUGCGCAGCAGAAUGCAGGAGGACACCACGGCCCUGCCCCUCCCCCACAUGGCCCAUCACCGGGGAUGCACCCUGGACACCCGGGCCAUCCUGGGCACCCUGGCUCUGGAUAUCCACCCAUGCUGCACGCCAUGGGUCCCCUCCACGGCCCACAGACAGGACCAAUGGUUGGACCAGUCCAGCCCAUGGCAGGUCCGCCUAUGUCAGGCCGAAUGAUGCCUGUACCUCCCCCAGUUGGCCCCCCACAGGGCAGUCUGCCCCCCAUGAUGGGACCUCGACACCCUGGACCACCCAACGGCAUGUACACAGGGCCUUCCCCUCCGCAACCUACACAGCCUGAUGUAGUGCCUCCUGGCCCAGUGGGACCUCCUGCAUCUGCGCCGCCUUCUCGUGCUGCUGAUAACUAAAAUAUUCCUGUCCCCAUUCACACGUUUACAUAUUCACACACAGAUACAAGUUUUUGCUCCUUAACUUCAAAUUAAAUCAGGUUCCUUUGACAAGCUUGCAGACCUGCUCUGUUGAUUGCCUUGCUGAUGGGUGGGUCAUCUCUAAAGCCCCUCUUUCCCAUAGCUGAGCACUCUCCGCCUCACCCAUAAACAUUCUCGCGUGCUCAGGGCACAUAGUCGAGAGUGCUAUGAUUCAUACAUCUCUUGGCUAGUAAUAGUACUGGCUUCUGAUAUUAUUUCUCUGAUGUUAGGGUUUGUAAAGAGUGCUGCUGCUAAUAGGCUUCUGUGUUUGGGGAGGGACACUGCUGCUGGUGUCCGGCUCCUCCCUGUAAUGUGACUGAUGGAAUCGUAUGUGUAUAUUGUGCUAAUCCAUGAAAGCUUAACCCUCCAAAACCAGAGAUAGUGGAUGCCUUGCUAGAGUCGACUCAAUCUUCUAAAUCACAAUGUAGUUAUGAGCCGGUCAGCAGCAUCAUGUCUUUUCUGCAGACCGGUGAAUAAGUCCUGUGGUGCCCUAGAACCAGAUCUUGCUACUGCCUCUUGUGUUUGUGGGGUGGUAUCCAUUUCAGCAGGGUUUCCCAGUGGCUUACAUGAGCUUCAUUAUUAAAAUUGUCAUCUAGCUAAAAUCUACCUCGCUGGUGCAACUGUCAAUUGAAUGCAGUCUGUGUUCAUUAGCAUCACAUCGGUUUAACUGCAUCGAGUAGAAUUGGUUUGUGAUGCUCUGCUCGAUCAGUCACAUUUUGACCCCAUAAUGCCCUGGCUAGAAUGGAGAUCAAUAAGAGAUCACCCUAGAUCACCCUCCCUUGCUUUGCAUUUCUAAACGUACCCCACAUACUGUAUCGUGGAGAAAAGAAAAAAAAAGCACACCUAACUGUUACUUUUAGAGAUGUACCCACAUUCAUAUUAAAGGUAUAGUUCACCCAAAAAUUGAAUUAUAAUUUACUGACCCUCAUGUUCCAAACCUCUUACUCAAAGAUGUUGAGCAGAAUGACAGACUCAGUCACCAUUCACUUUCAUUGUAUGAAAAAAAAAAACACUCAUUGAAAGUGAAUUGUGUGUUCAACCGAAGAACGUCAUGAGGGUAAGUAAAUGAUUUCAGAAUUGUAAUUUUUGGUUGAAUUAUCCCUAUAACCAUGUUUACUGCAGAUCUACAGAUACAUAAACAACGCCACGUGAAAACCUCCAUUCGUUCUCUUGGAGAAAAACUGAGAUAAUUAUGGCAUCACACUGAAGUGAUGGAGGAACUCUGCUUAUUUUAGGUGUAGCUUGCCUUUUGUGCUCCUCCCUUAGAUGCUGACAGAGUAGCUGCCCUGCCUUGCUCUACCUCUUUCGCUUUACUACCUCCUUUUUCUCUCUUCCUGUUACGGCUGUUCUUUCUUUUUGUGUGUGCCCAUGUGACUGCUGCAUUACUGCUGUGUGGAGGCUGUUGUCCUCCUCAGGUGAACCAAGCCCUUCAACAUGGCCCACCCCACUACACUACACACACACACACACACACACACACACACACACACACACACACACACAGACACAGAUAGCACAUUUCCUCUUCCAAAACUUUCCAGGCUGUAUAUCACUGGAGUUGUGGGUUAAAAACCCUGACGACCUGAAUCCCCCUCCCAUAUAUAUCUUUUAUUGCGUUUUAUUUUAUGGUAAUGUAUUUUUAAGAAAAUAAAGUUUGUGUAGACUCCGUUAUCUCUGUUCUUGGAAGUUUGUAGCUUUCUUUUUAUUUUUAACCUGGCACAUUGAUGCUGAGACCUGAACACUGUCAAAUAAAAAUGUUUUUUUUGUUUUUGUACAACCGUUUCUGUUUCAGUUUUAGCUGCUUUUGUGGCAUAUAAGUGGAGUUGGACAAGCAAAGUUGUAUUGACCACUAGGAAACCCUGAAUUCUAGAUACCAGAGUUACCACGUUGGAAGAGGCUUGUCAUCAUGAAAGAUGAUUGAAAGCAAUGAUUUGCUAAAUUAUUUAAAUGUAUGGUUAUUUCAUUAAUAAUUAUAACAGAGCUUGUAUUUUUUACAAGCAUGUUUCGUUGAGCCCACAUAAUUUAGUUGGAUUAAGUCAAUGUAUUGGAGUAGUUUUGACUCCACUUCAUUAGGUUCGUCGAACUCAAUUUACUGAGACUUUUCCAUUGAAUUUUCUUUUCUUAACCUAACUUGAUUUAUUUUAGUAAUCCUUAGUAAAUGCCAGGUGAGCAUGUGUAAGUAUAUUGUAUUUAUAGAGAUAACCAUUACUCCAAUUAAGUAUCACUUGAAAUGUAAAGUCCAUCCUCAACCUAAGCACAAGUGUCAUUCUUUGCCACAUGGAUAACCCCAAAACUCCAGCAACAGAGACACUUAAGUAACACUUGAUUUCAACACUAGUUUUCACAAUCAAGUCCCAUGCAAAGCAUGCUGGGAAAUUGAAAUCCCCUGCCCAGAUUUAUCAAAGCUAAAUUAACACCACAAAAAGAAUUCAUGCAGUCCCAACUCAAAUGGAUUAAGUUAACUUCUAUUUUACUCAUUUAAAUGGAUAGAAUACAAUAAAAUGAAGUUGACAAUUUUUAUAAUUUGGUUGCUUUAUUUCAUUUUAAUUAAGUAAACUGAAAAACAGCAACAAUAAUUUCCAUGCAUGGAAACCAUAUAGGUUGUGUAAAAGUCAUGCAGGUGUAUUCACUUAUGCUUUUUCACUGGUACAACAGAUAAAAGCUAUUGUGUUGGUUUUAGUUUGGCUCCAAGUUGGCAUACAUGUCAAGCAGACGAAGGAGCUUCCAAGGUGCACAUGAUAAUAGGCCUCUAGAUGUGUAUGGAAAUAAUUAAUCAAUUUGAUGUAAAAACUCUG